CACAUAGCGACACGUUCCAUCCAAGCGCCGGGGGGCUAAUCUUCUACUGCGCGUUUGCGACUAUCCUCUCCCUUUCGCCAUCUCCGCGUUGGAGCCCUUCCCGCCAUGAACUCGGUUCGAGCAAUCCAGAAGCUCAACAAGCGGGAGCUUGAAGCGGGUAUCACCCCAGAAGGCUCCUGGCACACGGACUACCGCGAUACGGCCUUCAUCUAUAUCGGUGGCCUGCCCUACGAGCUUUCCGAAGGCGACAUCAUCACCAUCUUCUCACAAUACGGCGAGCCUGUCUGGGUAAAACUAGCACGGGACAAAGAGACGGGGAAGUCACGCGGGUUCGCGUGGCUGAAGUACGAGGACCAAAGGAGCUGCGACCUGGCCGUGGACAACCUGGGCGGCGUGACGGUCAUGGAGAGGGUACUGCGAGUCGAUCAUGCGAGAUACAAGCCCAGAGAUGACGAGGAUAUGAGGGACAAUACGAUGGGAGAGCUUGACCUCGACCCGGGCAACGAUUCGGAUGGUGGCAGGCGGAAGAGGCGCAAGACCGAGAGCGAAAGCGACUCCGACGAAGACAGGCCGCUGCUCCCGGAAGAGAUCGAGCUGGAGAAGGCGAUUCAGAACCUGGAUGAAGAGGAUCCAAUGAAGGAAUCAAUGGUCAAGAGGCUACAGGAGAAGGCCGAUGUUGCGGUAAAGAAGUAUAAGAAGAUUAAGAAGAAGGAGCGCAAACACGAAAGGCGGCAUCGCCGACAUGGAUCGAGAGAUCGCGACGGUAGUAGGGACCGCGAUAGAGACCACAAACGCAUCAAGGAUCGCGACGAGUCGGAAGACGAACGUCGACACCGGAGCUCAAAACAACGGGAUGAUUCAAAGGACGGCGUGCGAAACCGUCACAGGGACCGAGGUGGAAAGGACCAUGGCCGGCGGGAUCGCAGCCGCGAGACCCGGCGCUAUAGUUCGGACGACGAGGACUAUAGACGCUCCCGCUCUAAACGUUCACCGCGAUGAUGUCGAGCAUACUACGAAUCGAAGCGGCCAAGCUACAAUAUAUACGAACCUUUUUCCCACCAAACCCAUACCAGUAUUUGUGCAUGAUCGUGUCGUCAGACAAGACAGUACUUACAUCUCCUUGCUGCAUCCCCUUGCUAUAAUAGUCUCUUAACCACGUCGUAUAAACCAGUGCAACAUACGUGCAGAAUUCUAAGAAAAGAUAUCCGACAGCAAGGAAUACUAGACCUCCAGUCAGAAUCAUUUUCCACAUCCUAUGUUUGUCCGCCCCCCUCCCUUCUCGCAAGGCCGAUUUCUUCCGUUAC